AGAUGGUGGUUCAAAGUUUGGACAUCAAAGGAAAGGCAUGAAACUAAAUGAAAGACCAACAAGAACAAGAAAGAAGCUGAAAGUGGCUGACUCAACAUCUGUUUUAAAUAAGCCCCCUGCAGUGGAAUCAGUGCAAAGUGAGGACAAGACGAUCCAGCUUGGCAGAAUGACAUUGAGCCUCAGAGAUGUCAAAAUCUCAGCCAGUGGUGUCCUAGGGAACUUCACUGUGUGGGUCGGAUCAGGUUCUUUGCUGACACUUGCCCGCACAUCCAUCAUAGAGAAGCUGGACUUGCUCACCUCCAGGUGCCUUCUGCAGAGAAAUUUCAUUGUGGAGAGCAUGACCUUGAAACUGGCCUUGAUUCCCAUAGUCCAGCCAAAAUCAAGUUCAGUAUGUGGGUCUGUGCUCGAUGAUGGUGGUCAAGAAGCUGAAAUAAAUCAGGGGACCAGCGACAAUCAAGGUGGUGCCUUGCCCGCCUCCCUGUCAACACCAGAAGAGCCGAUCAAAGAAGAACAUGAAGAAACAUCUCUCUCUCAAUGCAUUGAUCUAAAGACCAUGAAGACUGUGCUCGGCCACCUUGAGAAGUGCUACAGCCCAGAUAUGGUCAAGGAUGACAUGGAGGCAAUCAUAGACAAGAGACUUCCCGCUUCCCUGCAUGAACAGGGCAAGGUGAUGUUGAACAUCAUUGACAGCGCUGGAAUCAUAGGGAUCACAGAAGAAGAUUUAGAGGUAACUUCUAAUUAGAUGUGGUGCUGUUGAUUUCUGUCGUGUGACUUGCUAAAAUGUUCUAGGCUUUGGCAUGGGAAAUUAAUAUCUGAGCUUGUCAUUACCAAGUGUUAACUGUACAGGAGGGGAAUUCAGCAGACUCUUUCCAUUUCUAUGUGGCUUCAUGAAUAGUGUUGAGUCCAGGCUCAUUCUGACCUAAGAUUAUAAAGUUAUUUUUUCAAAGUUUGUUCAGAAAUCUUAUUGCACAAAUGUAGUUUAAUUAGACAGAAACUAGAAAUGGAUGGAACGAUUUUUGAAAUUGUUUCUAACUUGUAUUAUUUCCUGAUGAUUUUCUUGUAGGUCAAGAUGUCCAGGCCAUUUUCCCACCUAAAGAAACUUAUCCACCACCUGAUCAUGGCAGAUGUCGUGAGUACUUUCUAUUGCUAA